AACUAAAAGCAGAAGUGACUUACACUGGCAGGAAGCUGUAACUCCUAAAGCUUUCGGAGGUUCUGUGAAGUACAAAAAAACUGCUUACUUCUUUGCAUCAGAUGUUUAAUUCAACUUUUACGAUACCUAUUUCUUGAAACCUUGAAGGCCCUGAGGUUACACAGAACGAUAUUCUAAGACGAGCCAAUGGAAGUGAAUUCAAGAGAAAGAUACUCCUUUGAAGCAUUUCAGAGAUUUUGAUCAGCUUGGAAUUUUUCAACUUUGAAACAUCUCAGAGUUCAACUGUUUCUUCAAGCAGAAAAACAACAACAUAAGCACUCACAGGGAAAGUUUACAGUAAUAUCGUGCUCCAUCCAUACACAGUGCUUACCUUAACCAGCGUUCUCAAAGGUCACCUCUGCAGGACAAAAGCAGUCUGACAGAGUCCUGGCCACCAAUGAAAAUUGAUUGAAAGACUGGUUCAGCAUGAAUUGCUCUGCACUGCUAUCUCUCAUGCUAAUGCUGGUUCAGCUCUGGCCUGGCUCUCCAAGCACAGAGAACCGCAGUGCUCAAAGCACAGAUCAGCCUUUCACAGCAGUUCGAAGAGUGAAACGUAGCUGGGUGAAAAGUGAGCCACUUCUUGUGACUGAGGAGCAGACUUCAACGGUGCCUGUGUAUGUUGGACAGCUGAAAUCAGAUUUAGACAAGCAGGAUGGCAAGCUAAAAUACAUUUUGACUGGGGAGGGAGCUGGAAGCAUUUUUAUUAUUGAUGAAAAUAAUGGCAAAAUUUAUGUGAUACAAAAGCUUGAUCGAGAAGAGAAAUCCUUCUACACUCUAAGAGCACAAGCAAUUAGCAAGAGCACUCAGCUUCCUGUUGAACCUGAAUCAGAAUUUAUUAUCAAGGUUCAAGAUGUCAAUGAUCAUGAACCACAGUUCUUGGAUGGACCUUAUGUUGCCACUGUUCCAGAGAUGUCACCUGAAGGUACGUCAGUUACACAGGUAACAGCUACAGAUGGUGAUGACCCUUCUUAUGGGAAUAGUGCCCGUCUGCUUUACAGUCUCAUUCAGGGACAGCCUUAUUUCUCUGUGGAGCCAAAGACAGGGGUCAUCAGAAUGGCUUCCCAAAUGGAUAGAGAAACAAAAGAUCAGUAUUUGGUCAUCAUUCAAGCCAAAGAUAUGGUUGGGCAAGCAGGGGCAUUUUCAGCAACAGCCACUGUUACCAUCAACCUCUCUGACAUCAAUGACAAUCCACCUAAAUUUCAACAGCGAAUCUACUAUAUGAGUGUCUCUGAAGAGGCUCCUGUGGGCACUACUGUAGGCAAGGUCUUUGCAGAAGACAGCGACAUAGGGGAGAAUGCAGCCAUGAACUAUUUCAUUGAAGGAGAUACUUCGGAUGUUUUUGACAUGAUUACUAACAAUGAGACUCAAGAAGGAAUUAUCUUACUAAAAAAGAGAGUGGAUUAUGAGAGCAAGAGGAGAUACAGUAUUCAAGCAAAAGUUGUAAACAGGUACAUUGAUGAGCGCUUUUUGAAAGAAGGACCAUUUGAAGACAAAACCAUUGUCAAAAUCAUUGUGGAAGAUGCUGAUGAACCUCCGGUUUUCACCUUGGAGAACUAUGUGAUGGAGAUCAUUGAAGGGGCCGUGAGUGGUUCAGUGGUGGGCGUCGUAACUGCUAGAGAUCCAGAUGAUGAUAACUGCCCAGUCAGGUACUCUAUUGUCCACAUCAAGCAUUUAAAGAGAUUGUUCAGCAUCAAUGAGCAGAAUGGAACAAUCAUUACAACUAAACCUCUGGACCGAGAGAGAGCUUCUUGGCACAACAUAACUGUUACAGCCACAGAAACAAGAAAUCCUGAAAAAAUUUCAGAAGCAAAUGUGUAUAUCCAAGUUCUCGAUGUUAAUGAUUAUGCACCAGAAUUCCCUAAAUAUUAUGAAACAUUUGUUUGUGAAAAUGCGGUUCCUGGCCAGCUAAUUCAAAGCAUCAGUGCAGUGGAUCAAGAUGACUCAGCAAAUGGUCACCAUUUUUACUUCUCAUUGGCUCAGGAGGCCACAAACAAUUCAGAUUUUACUGUCAAAGAUAAUCAAGAUAACACAGCUGGAAUUUUCACAGCAAAAAGUGGCUUCAAGAGGCAAGAGCAGUUUUAUUUCUACUUGCCAAUCUUAAUUCUGGAUAAUGGAAUUCCACCACUGUCAAGCACAAAUACUCUCACCAUCACUGUCUGCGACUGUGACACUGAAGUUAAUGCCUUGUACUGUCGAUAUGGGGCUUUCAUGUAUUCCAUGGGUCUCAGCACAGAAGCUUUAGUAGCUGUUUUGGCUUGCAUACUAAUACUCCUCGUGUUCUUUUUGGCAAUCAUAGCCAUAAGGCAGCAGAGGAAGAGGUCUCCUUUUUCAGAGAAAACAGAAGAAUUCAGAGAAAAUAUUGUCAGGUAUGAUGAUGAAGGAGGUGGUGAGGAGGAUACAGAAGCCUUUGAUAUUUCAGCACUGAGGACCCGUACCGUCAUGCGAAUGCACAAACCUCGGAAGAAGGUCAGCACAGAGAUCCACAGCCUCUACAGACAGUCUCUACAGGUUGGCCCCGACAGUGCAAUUUUCAGGCAAUUCAUUUCAGAAAAGCUUGAAGAAGCAAAUACAGACCCUAGUGCUCCUCCAUAUGACUCACUUCAAUGCUAUGCAUUUGAGGGAAUGGGUUCUUUGGCAGGAUCCCUCAGUUCUUUAGGUUCAAAUAUGUCAGAUGAGGAUCAGAGUUAUGACUAUCUUACAAACUGGGGACCUCACUUCAAACAGCUUGCAGGCAUGUACACUUCCAGUAGAAGUGCGGGGGAUUAGUUACUCUUUGGUUUGCUGUUUUAUUUUCCCAGAUCUUGGCCAUCAAAAAGAACUGUGGAUUUUUAAAAAGGUGAUCAUCCCACAUUUAAGCAUGAAAAAUAAAAGCCCAAGGUGGUUUGGUUUUUUUCCCUGGAAAAAGAACUUUUAAAAUCUUUUAAAGAACUUUUGAAAAACCACACCAGGUAUGUCAUGAGGUGAUGGAGUGGAGACUCUUGUUUUAAAAUCUUGUGGUUAUUUAGGUGCCCAAAUGCAAACCAUGCUGCUCUGGAUACAUAGGUCCCCUUCUGGAUACUGAAAACUGUCCUGCAAGUACAAAAGGAGGAGGAGAAGCCAUAAAUGGUUAUUGUAAAUAUUCUGUCAUCCUUAAGCUUUAAACUGUUUCCAAAGUUAAGACAGACUUUUGCAGUUGCAGUUGAGUAUAUUCAUUAACCAGUGUUAAACAUGCAUAUUUGUAUAAUGCUUCAUUAUAUAAAUCUACUUGUGUGAAAAAGUGGACCUUACAUAUUCUAAUACAAUUGUCAGAAGCACUCAUAGAAUCAUCUAUUUAUUGUUCUUAGGGUGAUAAAACUAAAACAAAUGUCUUUUCCUAUCAGUGUAAAAAUAAAGACCUAUUACAACAUCAGCAAGUAUUUGCUGCCAUUUUAGUUUUUAAUAGAACUAUUGGAAAAUGUAUAAACCAAUACUUAAUUUAGCAAAUAAGAUGGAAAAAAAGAAAUCAGUUCAAGUUAGAAUCAAUAGUCAACAUAAAUACUGCAAUCGACCAUGUUAUAUAUUACUGUACUUAGAACAAAAUGCUAUACAAAUACAGGCAUUUUUCCUUUUAUUAAGGGUUUAAAGGAUGACUGAAUUACCAGCACAGAUUUAUUUUUUUAUUAUGGAAUAGAAAAUCAUCUGCAGCAGUCAGUUGUAUUAUAACAAUAUUAAGAAUCUUUAAAAUGCUAAGAUGAUGGUUAUAAACCAUCAUUAUAUGGAUAUA